CUUUGGUGAUACAAGGACGUGGUCGUUGGCGUUGAUUGUGCAAGGUACUGCGUAUCUAAAGACUUCUCCGAUCUACAGACUACAAUGGACRCUCUUAAAUGGCUGGUACUUGUUCUUUUCACUCUGCUGUGCCAUUCUUCAGUAAGAGUUGACWCGCAGCARUGUGUGCCUAUUGCAGACAAUCCUUACGUAAAUGACUGUCUGUCAGCUGGUUAUAACUAUACCUUUCCCAUCCCUGACAAUCUCUCACGAAGAACAAAGUGGCUCAUYAAGUUCGUUGCAAGCAGACUCACAAAAGACAUGAAGAAUUGCUCCGUUGCACAGAUUGCUGAGACCAUYGGUUGCGCUCUCAUCGCUCCCAAGUGCCAGGAAGGAAGACUUAAGCCUUUACUUCCUUGUAGACGAGUCUGUUCCGAGUUCCUKAAGCGCUGUAUUGAUAAAGUGCCAUCCUGGUAUAUCGAUGAUUUAACUGGUAAAUGCACUUUGCUUCCUAAUGAUACAGCAAAAUCAGGGAAUUGCUAUGAACCACCACAGUUUACCGACGAYCACCACAAUACUAGYGUUAAAGGUCCGUUAGAGCAUGGUUGUUAUGAUCUCGACUAUUUCCCUUUCUGCAGGGAACUGGGUUAUAAGUACACCAUUAUUGAGCCCCAAMAUCAGAAGAAGGUCUAUAAGAUCUUUUAUAAAAAGGAGUACAACGAAAGCGACCCUGAAACGCCAGGCCCGACAUCCCACAUCGUUCGAGUACGAACCACUAUGAAGAACCACACCAAAUGCGCAAAGAGCAUCCAUAAGUUCUUUUGUGGUCGUAUCGUACCGCCUUGCUUCCCAGAGGAGGGUAAAGCCUAUUACUCCGUAUGUCAAUCAGUUUGUAAGUCUGUUGGCAGAGAUUGUCCCGAGAUCUUCAAUACACGUGGUGGAAGGUAUUUCAUGGCGUGCGAGAGGAUGGCGGAGGGCACUACUGCGCAUGGAUUUUGCAAGUAUACCACAUGGCCAUCGCCAAAAGCAUGGGCCGACUAUUUCCACGAUAGAGCUCCACCUGCCGAACCAUCAGUGAGCGUCCCUAUUAUAGCGAUGGCAGUAGUUAUUCCUAUUGUACUCUUGUCUGUCAUCAUUGUUGUUCUUGUUAUUCUCUGGAGGAAGAACAAGCUGUUUGCAUUUGAUCAUCCAAGAGGACAACCCGAUCAGGACCAGUUAAAAGAAAAGAAAUAGUGGUUCCAGACAGCGAAUAUAAUUGGCUUAUAGCACAAUGACGUCACAUCAUUCUCUUUUUAUAGUGCUAAGGACCAUUGUCGAAAGGGGGUUGGGGUUGGGUUUUUGGUGUUGGGGACAGAACAUGGUUAGAACUAGGCAAAGAAAAACGCGAUAAUAGAGAACAUGAAAAAGCAAACACAACRAAAUAAAUAGACAGACAAUCAGAUAAAAAUGUGAAAAAUAGACUUUUGACUUCCAACUCUUUGAACAAAAAUAAUUCAGUCUAAAUUUCUUUUGUUUAGAUUGUGGUUUCCCUUUGUAGACGAGUUAUGACGUCAUAGUGCUGUAGGGUAAUUUGCAUAUCAAUAAUGAACAUCUACUGAUCCCGCUAGAGGAAAAAUAAGAACAAAUGAACAAAAUUAAUAGAACAAUUGCAAAACAUUUAGUUCAAAAGUUGAAAAAAAGGAAAGGUUUUUUAACUUCACAGUUACCAACAAUUCUUACAGUCUUUGAAAACUAAUUUCUUAGUAAGAGAGUAUCUUACCCAGGAAAAUGAGUGCUUUUUUAAAAGACUAUGAAAGAAAUUGUAUAAUUAUCUUAUUAGUUUUGAAGCUAAUAUAUAGUUAAUUUAUAGUUUGUAAAACUUGAUUUUGCGCUUUAUUUCAUAAUAUUGAGCAAUAAAAACUAUUAURUAGUAA